AUGACCUCUGAACAACUUGUCGCCUCCGUCAGAGAUAAGAUCGAACUUCUCACCAAUUCUGAUGAAAACGCAAUUGAACAUGCCGAACAGGUUUAUGCCAAAAGCAACAUUCAUCUCAAACGAGAAAUUGGUGCUCUUAAGAAAAAAUUGAUUAAUCUGGAAAUCAUAGCUGGUUACCUUCAAUUCUUUCUCCCUUUACCUUCGGAUAACCCCGUUGGAAACUCGAAAUCUAGUAUUCCGGAUACCUCGGUUCGUCAAUGCGACGAACCUGAUAAAAAACUCUCCCCUCCUGUCGCUAAACCGGUGCCUCCAACAAAAGGCGGAAAGAAGGGUGGAGAUCUACCCGUUGACGUCAGUCGUAUAGACAUGCGGGUGGGCAAAAUUGUGGAGGUGGAACGACAUCCUGAUGCGGAUUCACUUUAUGUAGAAAAGGUGGAUAUGGGCGAAGGUAAACUCCGCACCGUGAUCAGCGGUCUCGUGCCACAUGUGCCCAUUGAGAAGAUGCGUGGAUUAAUGGGCAUCUUUAUGUGCAAUCUCAAACCCGUCAAGAUGCGCGGUAUCGAGUCUCAGGGUAUGCUGAUGUGCGCCACCGACGUCAAUGAUAGAGUGGAACCUCUGGUUAUCGAAAACCCGACAGAACUCACGCUAGGUGACAGGGUCUACGUACAGGGCUAUCCCGGCGAACCGGAUGCUCAACUACACCCCAAGAAAAAGGUGUGGGAACAGGUGAAGCCGGAUAUGCGCGUGGACGGUGCACACCUGGCCACCUACAAGGGUGUACCCUGGAAGCUGAAGAACAGCCCCAAUGCUGUCAUUAAGGCUCCCACUAUGUUGGACGCGGAGAUCUCCUAG